UUCCCGCCUACUCACUUUGCCAGGACUAAGGAGAGUUAAAAGUGAACAUUUAGGGUUGUUUGAGGUGAACAGAAAGCUGUUAUUGGACGUUGUCGUAAGGACACGAAAUACCUCAGAGAAGAUGCUUUUUUGUGGACUACUCUACAAUGGCCUCUCUGAAACGCAUCGAUAGAAUGAGUCAAGAAAAUACAAGGAUAGAAAAGAACCUGGACUUUGGCUUUUCAGGCAAGGCGUAUGGGUCCUCAAGGAGUAUUGUGAGAAGAAUAGCCACCAAUCUUCCCCUUAAACCAUGCCCCAGGGUCCAUUUUCAGCUCAAUCUUUACACUGAAGACUGUAGUGUCCUGAACAGUGCUGGGAGACAGAAUGGACUGGUUGCCUCUUUGGCUGAUGUUGUCUGGAUCGACAGGGAAGAGGAGGAAGAUGAAAAUGACUGGUUUGGAUUUGGAAGACUGAGGUCAGAAGCACCGUCCGGGCUCAUGUUCCGUUCUCACCCGCCUCAGCCCAGACGUAGAUCAUUACCCAGCCUGCACCAGGCCGAGCCAGAGCCCCAGGGUCAAACCCGCAGCAACGAUGAGGCCAUCCAGAAGAUCAGUGCUCUGGAGAUGGAGCUGGCCAAACUCAGAGCCCAGAUCGCACAGAUAGUACUGACCCAGGAGCAGAACGCACAGACACCAGCCCCAGGUGGUCCUCCUGCCCCAGGUUGCCCUCCACCACCCUGCGCCCCUCCACCUCCUCCACUCUGCGCCCCUCCACCUCCUCCACUCAUGGGAUUCCAGCGGAGCUUCUCGGUCAUUGACCUCAUCCAGGAGCGCCGUGGGAAGAAGACAGAUGGCCAGACACUGCUGGACCAGGAGCCCAAACAGGCAGAGGUCCCCAACAUGCUGGAUGUGCUUAAAGACAUCGGCAAAGUCAAGCUACGCCCCGCUAAAAGCCGGCUAGAGAGCCAAGCCAAGCCUAGUGAGCCCACAGAUGCUGCUCUCAUCGCUAAUGCCUUGAAGCGCAAGUUCGCCCAUCGCUAUCGCCACAACAGCAAUGAGAACAAAGAGUUUGACUUCCCAGCCUCUGAACUGAAACCUUUCUGUUCUGAAUUCCCCAAGGCUGACAAAGUACAGGUUCCCCUGGUAAGGCAGCACUGGCUGAAAACCCCAGCCCCUGUAGUGAAACUACACCCAGAGACACCCAUGUUUGGGCAGCACAUGUUGAAAUCUACUGGCCAGAGAAAGCUCCUCUGAGCACCCAGAGAUGGUUUGACCUCCAUGGACACUUAAGUGCCUUAUCAACCUGUUUUGUCACCCGUCUCUGGAUGGCCAUGUUGUUUGACUAGAUAUACAAUCAAUCUGCUCUCUAUUCCUACUCACCAACAAUAUUGCCUCAGUCUUCAGUUCUUGCACUUUGAUAACAUACCAUAUGUAAUUAUUUUUUUUACUUUCAUUUAAAAUGUCCUAUUUUUGUUAAAUUGAUGCCAGUUUCGAAGUCUUCGAUCUUAAAUUAGGACGGUCCAAGAUUGGUUGUCAGAUUUUCUUUUAAUGUAGAUUUUUGUACCACAACUAAAUUCCAAUGAGAUUCACCCGUGUGUGUUCUGGAUGUAGUCGAACACUACAAAAUCCUAACAUUCCUCAACUGUUAACUACAUGUAUUAAAGGGGAUUGAAUGGUUUCUUAAAUGCACAGAGACAAAGGCUUAUCCAUUUUGCAUGUCCUUUAAGGCAGUUGUAUUUAUUUUUGCCUCACUGGGUCUUUGCUGUCUACUUCUUACUAGGGAUAGAGAUGUAUGCAGAGAAGAGGGAUCACUUGUGUAAUAGGCAAUUUAAUAUUUUUGUAAAUUGCAUCCUAGUCGGUUAAAUUUAUUUCUAGUUAAUACUUGUCAAGUCAUAGUUGCUACCAAUUAUCAAAGCGUCCAUGGUUGAUUUAAUUGUAGACUAGAUCGCUUUGAGUUGUACUGGGACAAGUUCCGGACCAAACUUACACUAAUCUACAGUCUUUAGCCAGUCUGAAAACAGGGAUACUCUACCAGUCAUUUUAUUCAUUACUUACCGAUGCUGGGCAGGAGGACGUUUUAUUAGUUCCAGAUCCAUGACAAGCCCAUUCUGAGGUAAUGCUACUCCAUGACCAGCUGGAUUCCUCUUUUUAAACCACAGAAAAUGUCUUCAUGUUAAACAGUUUCAUACCGUAACCAGUUCCACUGAUGGUAAACAAUUGAAGACAUUGGCCAGUUUAUUUCAUGGGAAAAAUACUAAGCUUUGAACCUUUGCAUGGUGGGAGUAUAAAGGAACAUGGACAACUGUCAGUAAUACUUGAUUUAGAACCCUAACAUAGGGAUUGUGUGAGGGGAAAUGUCAUCCACAUUUGACAAACCUAGAAUAAAACCAAUGACUGUG